GUCAUUUCUACCCACAGAAUGACGAAAGAGAGCAUAUUCGGUCUGUAAGGGUGAGCAGACUAACCCUGAACAGGCAGAUUGGGUGAAAUAUCUCCAGGACAUGUCCGUGCUCUAAGGCCAACUGGGAACACGCUAACUUUUUACCAGGAGCAGUCAAAACGACCUACAGAUGGGAUGAGUUCCUAACGUGAGACAAGAGACAGACAGACAGACAGACAUUUCCCCAAAGAUGAGCGGAGGUGAGACAGACAUUUCCCCAAAGAUGAGCGGAGGUGAGACAGGCCUGCAGGAGAGGGGAAGGUAUGAGGACUUUAACGGAGAAGACCAAACCUUAGACGACCUAGAGAAAGUGUCUUUAUUUACGGCGAGAAGUUACGGCUCCUCCGAUCGAUAUCGCCUGGCUACAGGGAUUCUGGGGUUGGCCUGUGCUGCCCUCCUGAUGGCUGUGAUAAGCAUGGCUGUGCUGAAGAAUGGCACGAAUGAGAACCAGUCAUCUUUCAACAUCACCGGAAUGAGAAGAGAGCUGGAGCUGCUGAGAGAUAAUAACGCCACACUAACGGCCGCUAGGUUAUCCCUCCAGUAUGACUAUGACAUUGUCCAUUGGGAAUAUUACCAGAGUGAGCACCAGUUCCUCAGAUAUGAAAGCUACUGUAGUGAUCUACUGUUCCAGAUUGAAACCCUGGAAGAUAAGAAGAAGGAACAGGAGCUCCGCAUUGAUCAAAUUGAGCGCAGCUGUUUGCGCUGCCCCCCAGGGUGGGAUCUGCUGAAUGACACCUGUUACUACUUUCCCAUCUCGAGUGAGAUUCAGCGCAGGGGCUGGGACGAGGCCAGGGCGGACUGCACCAAACGCGGCGCCGACUUGGCCAUAGUGGACACUUUGGAGAAGCAGAUAUUUAUUGCAGGGGUUCUACAGGCCCUCCACGAUGAAGGCUUUAGCUACAGAUCUGGAUACUGGAUUGGACUGAGAGAUAAAGACACAGAAGGAACAUGGAAAUGGACAACUGGGUCUUUGCUUUCCAGAGGGUACUGGAUGGACGGAGAACCCAAUGAUGACUAUGGCUAUGAGGACUGUGUGGCCACCUAUCCCACAGUGAACCCCCUGAAGAGCUGGAAUGACGUCCCCUGCAGGCACCCGCUAAAGUGGAUCUGUGCCAAAGGGCCUCAGCCAGUAACAGCUAGUCUGGAUAGCUAGUGUGGCUUUAGCAAUGAGCAAAACUAAGCUUGAUGGCAUUUCAGUAGCUAUGUUAGUGAGAAGCAUUGCAUUUUACGCCAUAAUAAAAUGAUUUGUUUUCCACAAAA